AUGAUGGUGAAAGUUCAAACCAACAGGUUGAUGGUUUUUUCCGAGUCAUUUCUUGCUGAGAUACUAUCCAAUUUGAAUCCCGACUCGCUUGAUAUAUUGCUAGGCACUCCUCUACCAGUUGAUGCUUUUAUUAGACUGGUAGCUUAUAAUGGCUGGAAUACUAUUAACUGGCUGAUUGAUACAAAUGAGCGGUUAAAUCAAUAUCUCUAUUAUGCACAACAGGAACAUAUCCGAAUAAAAAUCAAUUUGGAAAUUGAUGUCGGCCUGCAUAGAGGUGGCUUUGAAAUCACCAAGGACUUUGCGGAGGCAGUAGAGAUCAUCAAACAGAACAGUCAAUAUCUUGAAUUGACGGGGCUGAUGGGAUACGAUGGUCAUGUACCUUAUGUACCUUUUUACAUCAAUAAAGAAAGAUCUAUUAGAAAAACUUUUGUUCAUGUACAGGAAUUGUAUGACCAAUUUGUGGAUGAGCUGAAAAAGCAUUACGACGCCAAAGCUAUGAGCACCAUGACCUUCAAUAGCGGUGGGAGUCAUACUUACUUCUAUUAUUCUGACUACAAAAGCGCCACUCCAGUCAAUGACAUCGCAGUGGGUUCAGGCUUUCUUGCCCCGAAGCAAUUUUCUGAUCUGAUCGAGCUCGGUCAUCAGCCAGCUCUAUUUUUAAGUGCACCUGUGCUGAAAAAGAUCGAAUCAUCGAAACUGCCCCAUGCAGAAAAACUCUCAGCUUUAGUCAAUAUUUGGGAUCCAAAUCUCAAAACUUCUUAUUUUAUGCUUGGCGGCGGAUGGCCGGGCGAACUAGUGGGACCGAUGGGCUUGAAAAGAAAUCAUUGGUGGGAUGAAAAUGAUCUGGGCUACACAAACCAAUUGCCCAAUCAAUCGAUCCUAAGCGGCUCCGAUGAAAACACACUCAAUGUCAGUGAUUUCAUUUUUUACCAUCCAUGGGAAGGUGACGGGAUGCUCUGCUUCAAAAAACUUGUUCUCUACAGGCAAAACAGUAUUGUCGGAGAAUGGGAUACUUAUAAGGGAGGCAAUUAA